AUGUUGUGCAUUGGUGGUGGUGGUGGUGGCAAUGUUGAGUUAGGUGGAAGUGGAACUUCAAGAAAUGCAACAUUGGCUAAUGAUGAAGAAGGCGUUUCAUCUGGAGCAGAGUUUGAUGAUGAUGCUCAAGAUACCGAUGAAAUAGAUGGUGAUGAUGUUGGUUUGCAAGAACAUGUCAAGUUAGCAAGAGAUUAUGCUCUUGAAGGUUUAUACGACACUUCUAUCAUCUUCUUUGAUGGUGUUGUUGCACAAAUCAACAGGUUAAUGAGUUUUCCAUUUUCAUUGUAA